AUGAUCGAUCCCAUCGCCGAAUAUGGUUUCCCAUUAGCAGUCAUUCUAUAUUUUGUUCGCUUGCUAGCUCUGUUACCAUUACCACUUGUGGUAUGUCAUACUCUCGGGCUAUUACUCUUUGACAUUUAUGAAGAACCCGAAUUGCGUUACUCACCCAUGUUAUCUCCAAGUAUUUGUAUCCGUGUUGUUACUAGAGGAAAUUAUCCAUUACUGGUAUGUGAGAAUGUAAAACGGAAUAUGGCUACGUGCGACAAACUUGGCUUGUUAAACUUCUCCUUGCAAGUGGUGACUGAUAAAGCGAUUGACUUUGAGAAAAUUAAAGAUGGGCGUGUUCAACAGAUUAUCGUUCCAAACAGCUACCGCACAAGUACAGGAGCAUUAUUCAAGUCUCGUGCUUUACACUAUGCAACAGAAAACUAUCCGUUGAAUGACAAAGACUGGAUUGUUCACAUAGAUGAAGAAACUGUUCUGACAGAGAAUUGUCUUCGUGGAAUAUUGAAUUUUGUGAACGAUGGAAAAUAUUCUGUCGGGCAAGGACUAAUACUUUACGGAAGUGAAAAUGUUGUAAACUGGAUAACAACAUUAGGUGAUAGUAUUCGUGUUGGCAUCGAUCUAGGGCUACUGAGAUUUUGUUUGAAAGUGUUGCAUGCUCCCAUUUUCCUUUUCAAGGGGUCCUAUGUCGUUAUUAAAGCUGAUUGCGAACGAGACGUCACAUUUGAUCAUGGAAUAAAGGGCUCAAUUGCAGAGGAUAUGUAUUUUGCCAUGGUGGCAAUGACAAAAGGAUAUAAAUUUGGAUGGAUCGAAGGUGAAAUGUGGGAAAAAUCUCCGUUUACGCUGUACGAUUUUAUUCAGCAACGAAAGCGUUGGUUACAGGGUGUUUUCCUUAUUGUUCAUGAUGGUAAACUGUCCUUAAUUAGACGAAUUAUUUUAGGGAUUCCUUUGUAUGCAUGGAUAACUGUACCGAUAACUACAUCCAACGUCUUGUUAACACCAUUAUGUCCAUUGGUCCUCCAUCCCAUAAUUAAGUUUCUUGUCGGCUACAUUGGAGCAGUUACUACGUACCUUUAUCUAAUAGGAGCAGUACGCUCAUUUCAUUUAGCACGUUUGAACUAUUUUCGUUUUGCUCUCAAGGUGCUUGGAGCAGCAGCGACCAUUCCAGUUGUCGUUGUAUCUGAAGUCGUGGCCGUCAUAUGGGGUGUUUUCAGUUCAAAACACAAGUUUUACGUUGUCCAAAAGCAGAUAAAUUCUCCAGUGCCUACACAACAUUUAUAA